GAAUUUUCUGCCUAUCCACUUUAGAAUCUCAUGUUUUCCAACAAAGACGUUCAAGCAUGUUUUGCUUCCUUAUUUUGGCUAUUCAUGGCUCUUACGCAGUGAUAGUAUUAGACACCUUUGAGGCUGAUUUUGGAGAGUGGAGAAAUGUGAAUCAGACUUGGGAGAGGGUGUCUGUCUCUGAUAUGAUCAAACAAGACAUCUCGUUUCCAAAGCCUAAGAACUUGGACAAUCAGAUGAUUCUCGUACCAAAAGAACCAGGCGGAGCAGACUUUGCUUUGAUGACCCGAACAUUGGAGAUUCCAGACAAUUCGAUCUUAGAAAUUGAAUUUUCGUGCUUGGUUUGUGGGUGGCAGGAAGGCAACGAUCCGAAAGAUCGGAUGGGCAAUCCAAUUUUGCAGGUUUUGUAUGACGACACCCUCGUGUUCCAUUUGGAAACAUCGAUUAUGGAUAAUUUGGAACGCUUCUCAGCAGAGCAGUGGAACGAAUUUAGACUUCAUUCCAGCUAUUCGGAGAAGUUCACCAUGAAUGUGUCCUUCAUUGGAUUAUCUGGUCAACACCAGGACAGCUUUUUGGCUAUCGACAGCAUUCGUGUGGAAAUAUCCACUAAUAAAAAAGAGGAAUCCUCAUCCCAACAAGAUCCAGAAGGCAUUCCAUUGAUCAAUUUUGAGCGUGACAACGGAUCCUGGAAGAACUUUGGAACCGAUUCUCUGGAGGAUGAGGAGGAAGAAAUGAAGGAGACCAUAGUUCCCGAAUUUUGCGACCUUUUCCCAGAAAAAGGCGACUGCUUCUUUUUCUCCACUCGGUAUUUCUUCAAUAAAUCCAGUGGCGCUUGUGAAAAGUUCCUGUUUGGAGGCUGCAAUGGCAAUGAAAAUAAUUUCAUAUUAAAAAAAGAUUGCCAGAAGCUCUGCAUCAAUUCCAAUGAGCACGAGGACGAAACAGUCAUUCGGGAGGGAUCAACCAACUCGUCCCAGCGAACCAAUUUGACUCUGACCUUUGAUACUGGCUUCGAGGAUUGGGAGGAAACAUCUUGGCAGACAAUUGAAUUUGGUUCCACCAAAGCUAAAGAAGUGCAUCUUAAGCCUUACAACUUCAGUUCUCAAGCUUGCGCUGCCCCGGUUGAUCAAAUCAAGCGUUUUCAGCAUCCAAAGCUUCUUCAUUCGCUUGAGUUGGUUCCCAAUGGACAGAUCUUGUUCCAGUUUUCACUCAAACUAGUUGGGGAUCACAGCCCCAGCUCAGUCACAUUUUUUGAGAGCUUCAACCCAGGGUUCAAGAUCUUCUUGGGACCAAGAAUGGUUUUUAACUUUGCCUUAGAGGGAGAAAGAGAUAAGGAAUGGCACACGUACCAAGUGAUCCGAAACACGUCAGAUUUUUCAUCCUUCUUAUUUUUCAUGCCAAACCCAAAGUCAACCAAUAUUAUCAGGAUAGAAGCUUGGCGGGGACGAUGGACCAACUCUUUCGUGGCCUUGGACGAUCUCAUCAUUAAUCAAACUUCCAAUUGUUUCCAACCAAAAGGUCAUUGGAUCAGGUGGACCACACCCACAACAAGUACAACGCCAAUAGCGCCAAUCCAAAGCACCACAACAAUUAUGGAGACAUGUCGACAACCCUCUGAAAGAGGACCAUGUGCCCAUCACAUGAACAGGUUCUUUUUUAACUUUGAGUCCAAAAGUUGCGACCGAUUCGAUUACAGUGGAUGUGGUGGGAAUGACAAUAACUUUGCAACUGAACUCCAAUGUCAAAACAUGUGCUUGGAUAAAGAAAUCAAUGCGUGCCAAAAUCCCAUGGUGAAAGGCCCGUGUUCAGGUCUCAUUGAACGUUUCUACUACAAUGCCAAGCAUCAAAGAUGUUCCCGAUUCAUGUUCAGUGGUUGUGGAUCCAAUGGAAAUAACUUCAAGACCUUGGAAGAUUGCGAGUCGGCAUGUUCCUCUGAAAGGGAAAGACCAAUCCGGCAGCACGCUGAUUGCUUUAAACCAAUCAAUGCAGGGGAAUGUGAGGAUGAAGACAAAAUGUACGCUUUCAGCACCAUUCAAAACCGAUGUAUUGAAUUCAUGUACACCGGAUGCGGUGGGAACGAAAACCUUUUCACAUCUCAAAUGGAUUGCCAGGACAUGUGUGAGGUCAAUCAAACUCAGGUCACUCAGCUUGUUUGGGACUCAUCCCCCAAAGACUGCCAAACCCUUUCAGAGAUGAACCGCCUCUGUCCAGAUUUUCGAGAACGAUCCGUAUCACGUUGGAUAUUUUCCAGUUCUGGGGUCUGUGUUUUAAUGAGAACUUGUCAAAGAGCUACUAAUUAUGGCUACCUCAAGAAGCACGACUGUGAAGUAGCAUGCCUAAAUGAAACACAUGUGCGGGAACCCCUUCAUGAGAAUUGCCUAGAGCCAGCUAUAUUUGGGCAAUGCAACGGAACCUUUUCUAGAUUCUUUUAUGAUCCUUCCCUUGAAACAUGUUUAACAUUCACAUUUUCCGGCUGUUUUGGGAAUGAAAAUAACUUCAUGACCUUAGAGAGUUGCUUGCAAACUUGUCGAGGUGUCAAAGCCCUACCUACCCCUGAAAUCGUCAAGGACAAGAACCUUUGUUGGUUGCCGAAGGUCAUUGGCUCUUGUGCGGACCAGAUCCCAAGGUAUUACUUUGAUCGGCGCAACGACAGCUGCCUUUCAUUCAAUUAUAGCGGCUGUUCUGGAAACCUGAACAACUUCAUGAACUACGACCAUUGCCAGACAUUAUGCGGUGGCCCACCAAUGGCCUUGGAUCCAAAUGAGAACCUAAGAAGUGGCCCAGCAGCACAAAAAGAAUUACGAACCAAGUUGGCUCCUGACGUCAUUUCUUGGAUUGUGGUCUUUAGUCUCCUUUUUGGAGUCUUGCUUGUGAUAGGAAUGGUAAUAGGAGUCAGAUACUAUCGGGCAAAGAGGUCAAUGGAAAAUUAUCGGCUCUUCAGUGACGAAAGACCAUCCCAGAGCGAAAGCUCUCCACCAGGCUUUGCUGAUAACAACCCAGUGUACUCUACCAGCUCGUCAGUGGCCUAUAAUUCCUCAACCAAUGCCAUCCAGCUUGAUGUACCACGUGGAGUUGAUAACGGCAACGCUCUUACUUUUACAUCGAGUUUUUAUUGACAUGUUGAAAAUGUAUCGCUGAGAAAUAAAUGGAGACACUCACUA